AUGGCCGCUCAGGCGUCACCCGGCGAGUAUGUCAUCCAGUUGGAUCGGAAAGCAGGAGGCCGCUUAGGCAUCGACGUUGACCACAAGGAUGGUGAGACGCUUCUCAUUGAAGUUAUCAACGAGGGCCUCGUCAUGGACUGGAACAAUGCGAACAAGAAGGACAAGGUGACGGUCGGGGACCGAAUCGUUGAAGUCAACGGCAUCAACUCCGAUGUGCUUCAGCUUGUUGACGAGUGCAAGAAGAAUCAGGUGUUGGUCCUGAAGCUGCGGCGCGGGCAGUAG